CGUGCCCGUGUGUGUGUGUGUGUGUGUGUGCUGUGCGUGCGUGCGCGCGUCUGCUAUGUCGGGACACCCUGUAUAUUGUCAUAUUUUUCAAGCGGCGUAUUCCACGGUGCUUAACAACAUUCUGCGACUUUAACGACACGAACGGUGUUUCCUAGCGGUCUCUCUUUGUUUGUGACACGGUCGCGCGUGUAUGCUCCUGAUCAAAACACCAAAUGCUCCUACGUCUCGAUUGUUUCCUUGAUUGACGCUCUGAUAUAGUUUGAUAGCAAAUUGAUUUGCGAUAAUACUCCGUUUAGGGUUCGUGCGCCUCUUAUACGCAUGUAUCUCCGUCUCGAUUUUAUUGCUGAAUGGGUAAUUUUCAUGAUCAGUUAAUGUCGAGUGUAUCUUAAUGUAAAAGGAAGAUUGUUUUAGUUCCUUGGGCACUAGAAAUUUGCUAGCCAGCUCAACAGUUUGUAUGGUGGGAUAUACAGUCUAAGUCCAAAAUGUUACAGAUACGGAUAUUUUAAAUCUUAUAACAAAGACUGCUCAUCAAGAGAUAUAUAGUCACAGUUGAAAAAAGAAUUUCAAUUUGCUUAUCUUAAGGAGGUGAUGAUAGUACGAGUUUUACUAAUUUUAUAUUGGAGCGAGGCUGAGUGUAAAGGCACAAGAGAAUAGGGAGAAUAAAUUUUGUGAAAUAGAAUUUUAAGUAAAGUUGGUUAUGUGCAAUGCCGAGAUGCUAUAAUGACAGCAAAACAGUGAGUUCAGUGAACAGCAACUAUAAGCACAGUACAGACGAUAUUAUAUUAACGCAGUCGCAUGCUUUCUCGAUUGGAAGUCAAUUGAACGUAGACGAAGAUCCCCCGAUAGUUGAAAAAUCACAUAGACGUUUGCGGUGUGAUCUAAGUCCUGUCCCAACAAGUGCUAACAAUUUAAACAUAAAAUUCAUUGGUUUAAAGGGUGAUAAAGGUACUCGUGAAGAUCAUCAGGUGAGCACUGGAUCUGGGGGGCACAGAGAAAAAAAUAGAGAGACUAAAAAGAGAGCAGCUAUAGGCAACACAGUGCGUGGAUUCUUUUCAUCUGGCCACAGCAGGCAGGACAGGUAUGAGACAAGCAGGCAACGUUCUUCAGGUGGAACUGGCGGUGGCUUGUCUAGUUUAUGUCCUAAGCUGGUGGCCAGUGGCAACUCAAGUGGCAUUAAUUUGUCAGUGGGCCACUUAGCCUCUCAGGAAAGUGGAGUUGUAACGACCCAAAGGAUUCACACACACAAUAUCAAUCACAAACGCCAAAGAAAGCUAUCUAUUGUCACGCAGGCAGGUCCUAGUGCCAACACUACUGGUGAUAGGAAGGUAUUAUCCAAUAUAAGUCGCUCUGCUAUUAUUUCCAAAAAGCAAAAUCGAACACAGCGACACGAUCAGAGUACUGAUUCUUUAUCUAUAACUAGCAAUGGUCUUGUGACCAGCUCGCCAUCUUCUAAAAAGAAAGUACUAUCUGCCUUGCGUAUCUCUGAUCGAUCAUCUUCCCAAAGUGUGAAUUCAUCAUCCUUAGAUCAUGAAAAUGAUCGUAGUUUCAGUGAUGCUGAAGAAGCAAUCGCAGCAACGGAGAAUGCGUUUGCAACACCAGGGUCUAGUUCUACACCUUCUACACCAAUUAGUAAAGUAAAGUCUGCAAAAUUGAGCAAAAAUGAGGAAGCAAAUGUGGAACACGUUCUUGCCGAAUGUACCGAUUCAUCAAGGAAUGCUGCAGAUGUACAACACGUGAUUUUAAAUGAGUUUGAACAAAAAAAUGUUAUGUCAAUGAAAUCGUCUGCAGUAUACGAAUUACACGCAGUUAAUCAGGAAAGUAUUAUAAAUGAUAAGCAAAAAUCGUCGAGUUCUGUCCUUGGUUCCAGAUCUAUUAGUAAUAGUAACCAGAAAGUUCUGAAACAUAAAAAUACAAAUUUUACAGAAAAAAUGAUUGAACAUCAUAAUAGUAAAGAUAUUGAAACGGCCAACAUAGAAAAGGAUUUAAAUGAUACUACGAUAUCGAUAGAUACAGAAAUGAAUUCCACAGACGAUAAUAGUGAAAGUAAACAAGGAAAAAGAAAGACUGUAGAGUAUACAGAUGACGGUACAGAUAAAGAAACCAUCAAUUCUUUGAAUACCAUAAGCAGUGAUAAGGAAGAAAAAAUAACGAGGAUCAAGAAUAAUGCAGGUUUAAGUGAAGAGGUAAUUAAGAGUUCGAGAUUUGUAACAUCAAAGGUAUUGGAGGAGUUGACGGAUGCAGACACUAAAACGGUGGAUGUAGAAAAAGAGGAAGAUGAGGAAAGAGUGACGAUAUAUGACGACGAUGGCACCAGUAUCAGCGACAUAGUAGCAGCACAGGCGCUUCAUGAAUCGUUAAGUAAAUUAGGCAAAGUUCCGCCAUUAGACACCGAGAUGGAUGAGAUGCAGAAUACAAGUUUGCGAGACGAAACAAAGAUGAGGGAGCAUUCUGAAAAGGAUAUAGGUACGCAGGAAGAAACAGUAGAAGGUUUUAUCGGUCCGUUGCUUGAUGAAAACUUUAAAGCGGAUGAGAAAUUGUCUCAAAAAACAAUGGCGAUGGAGGAGGUGCAAAAUUUAUUAAUGAAAGUUAAGGUGCAGACUGUCGAGGAUGACGACGACGAGGAGAAAGCUGUCGGUAUUUCACCGGAUGGAAGAUUUUUGAAAUUUGAAGAGGAAAUUGGUCGUGGUAGUUUCAAGACUGUUUAUCGCGGAUUAGAUACCCAAACGGGCGUAGCUGUAGCUUGGUGCGAAUUGCAGGAGAAAAAAUUGAAUAAGACAGAGAGAUUGAGAUUUAGAGAAGAAGCUGAAAUGUUAAAAGGAUUACAACAUCCGAAUAUUGUAAGAUUUUAUGACUAUUGGGAAGUUACACUUACCCGUAGGAAAUAUAUUGUACUAGUCACUGAGCUUAUGACAUCAGGAACAUUGAAAACGUAUUUGAGGAGGUUUAAGAAGAUCAAUCCCAAAGUAGUAAAAUCUUGGUGUCGGCAAAUCUUGAAAGGCUUGAGCUUUCUUCACUCUAGAUCACCACCUAUUAUACAUCGUGAUUUGAAAUGUGAUAAUAUUUUUAUCACGGGUACGACGGGUAGCGUGAAAAUUGGUGAUUUGGGUCUUGCAACAUUGAAGAAUCGUAGUUUUGCAAAAAGCGUUAUCGGUACACCGGAAUUUAUGGCGCCUGAAAUGUACGAAGAACAUUAUGAUGAGUCGGUUGAUGUUUAUGCCUUCGGAAUGUGUAUGCUCGAGAUGGCUACUAGUGAGUAUCCAUAUUCCGAGUGUACAGGGCCAGCACAAAUAUACAAACGCGUAGUAUCUGGUGUUAAACCACAGAGCUACGAUAAAGUUGAAAAUCCGGAGGUACGUGAUAUUAUAGAAAUGUGUAUACGUUUAAAGAAGGAAGAACGACCGCUCGUUAAAGACUUACUUAAUCAUGAAUUCUUCGCCGAUGAUGUUGGACUGAAAUUGGAGAUGGUUUCGCGAGAUUCGGCGGUUGCGGAUAUGGAGCUGUCGCGUGUCGAGUUUAGAUUGCGUGUGCUGGAUCCAAAGAAACGUAGUAACAAGCACAAGGAAAACGAAGCGAUACAAUUCGACUUUGACAUACAGGCUGAUAACGCAGAGGAGGUAGCGCUGGAAAUGGCAAAAUCUAGCCUUAUAUUAGAGGAAGACGCUAAAGCAGUGGCUAAGAUGUUGAAAUCGCAAAUUACCACUCUAUUACGAGAACGAGAAGAUCGUAAAGCCAAAGAAGAGAGGGAACGUUUGGACAGGGAAACUGCUGCCACAGCCACGGAUGUCACAGCUAACGCUGCAAACGAGAAUUUAUUACAGCAACAACUGCUUCUUCAGCAAAUGCAAUUGCAGCAGCAACAGCAGCAACAACAACAGCAACAACAAAUUCAGUCUAAUAUUAAUAUGCAGAUGCAAAAUCCGAUGCAAUUGCAACAAACUCAAAUACCUAUUCAGCAACAGCAAUUACAGUCGACUGCUCAACAAGCUCAACAGCAUAAUUUACAAGUACAGCAGGUUCAAAUGGUUCAGCAACAACCGAUAAUUCAACAGCAAACGUCGGUCGUGCAACCCCAACAAGCACAGCAAAUACAAUACCAACAGCAAAUACAGCAGCAGUUUCAGCAGCAACAACAGCAACAGUACGUCUCGCAGAGCUUGAAUGCAAAUUCUCCACAGUGUUCAACUCCACAAAACCUUCAAGCUCAGCCUCAGUUUCCACAGGUGCCACAAUUGCAACAGCAGCAGCAUGUUCAACAGCAAUAUAUACAAUUGAAUCAGAUGGGUGUUCCGCAACAAAUUUCUCAUCAGAUGCAGCAACAAAUGCAGCCUCAAAUGCAAAUAUUGCCUCAACAACAACACAUGCAUCAACAGCUUCAACAGCAGCAAUAUGCGGCACAACCACAACUUCAACAUGUUCAGCAGUUGCAUCAACAUACCGUUAGUUCGCCGCCCGUUCAAAAUCAGCAAUAUUAUCAGCAGAGCACCACUGGCUCCUCGGGAUAUGUAUCAGCGGGCUCUUUGUAUCAACAAACCAUGCCGCAACAAAUAUUUCACACAUAUGCCACGUCUACUAAUCCCUCCGGUCACGUAGAAAUCUUAUCGUCCACCCAAACUGCUACGCAGAUUUAUUCUCACGCGAGUUUACCCGCGAAUGCGAUGCCCGCAUCCUCGCAGUCGCAAUACAUCCCAUCGGCAGGUCAAGUUCAAACAUCUAUACCGCCGGCUAUAAGUGCCAAUAAUACAUCAGCCGUGACGCAUAUGCAAAAUGUCUCGACUUCGACAAUUCCUAAUAUGCAGAGCGCGCCUGCUUUACUCGGAAACACUGGACAACAGCCUCAAUCUCAACAAAAUAUUCUCAUGCAAAUGCAAUAUUCACAAAACGCAAACGUUAUGUCCAAUUCUAUGUCGAUAACACCCAAUAUGGCGAAUAUCUCGGCGCCAUCAUCUACUAAUUUGCAACAACCACAUCAACAUUUUCUUUCAAAUGCGGAUCAAUGUCCUGUGACUGACAGAUCUCUGGUAAAACAAGACACUAUGGAUUCGGUACAAUCUCUGCCACCGGAUCUACCAAUUAAUUUACAACAAGAUCAAAUUGUUGCUCCUGCUCCAGUCGCAACGGGCGUUGCACAGCAAACUGUAGCGUCAAACGAUGGAGUCACGCCAGAAAAUUCCGAAAGCGUUCCUACUUCCGAGAGAAGCCGGAUAAAACGUACAGGGACUAAACGUAAAAAACCGGGCAUUAAAUUGACGGUCUUGUCUGUCAGCAGCGGUGAAGGACAAUCAAUGACUGUCGAGUGCCAGUUGGAUACGAGUAAACAAAAGACUGUUACAUUUAAAUUUGAUCGAGACGACAUGGUACCAACAGAUAUUGCUAACAAUUUGGUUGCUGAAAAUCUAUUGCCGCAAUCUCAGUGUGAGACGUUCAUAGAAUUAAUUGAAGACAUUGUUAAACAAUUGCGUUUGGAUCCUACACGUACCUUACCUUUGGUAGCCCAUGGCCCGCCUGAUCAAUCUGCUGGUGGAAGCCCGGUUACAAGCCGACGUCCUAGAGAUCGUGAUCACAGUCUCGAUACAGCUAAGCAGGUGAGACAUGGCUCGCUAACACGUCAAAGCAGCCACCGCUCGUCGUACAAAGUCCAUCGUAGACACCGUUCGAGAGACGAAACUUCAAAUACUUCUACUCCAACUAAAUUGUUGCCGAUUGAUCAGAUUAUUUCUCAUAUCGCCAACACUACUUUGGAGAAGCAACAAGUUGUACAGACUCCUGAUAGUCAAGCCGGUGCUGAAAAUACAUCGGCAGAGGCUUCCAGGAGGUCAUCCACAUCUACACAAAAUACUGAUACUUUAACACCUACAAAUAUACCGAGUGAUCCAACUGACAAUCAAGAAACUGUCGUUUCUGUAAUGCCCGCGGAAACGAUUAUGGAAGCACAACACAAUAUUCAAGACGAUACUAAUAAUUCGGCGUUUAAAUCUUAUCAAACAUCUACAACACACGUUCAGACUCAAGUACAGGAUACAAUAGUCAGCGCAGGUCACACAAAUGAGGCAUUGAAAGAAUCUCAAGAGCAGGAUGUAGUAGAUGUAAAGGAAUCUGGAAUAUUUAAAGAGAUAAAUGUGCCCGAUGUUGCCGCAGAGGUAUCGACUUUGACCGUACCGACGCCGAUGCGCAAAAUUUCUCGCUUCUUAGUUAGUCCUGUGAUCGAACAAAAAAAUAUCGCGGCUGAUGAGGAAUCUUCUGCUGUCGGCGAAAGCAUAGAUCGUACAAAUAUUGUAACGUCACAGUCAGUAUCGCAGUCUGUUGCGCCUACUGCAAACGUGGAGCUUAUAUUAAAAAAUGAAGAACAUGUCGAAACGAAUGUUUUAGAAAUUCAAAAUGUGACAACGCUCGAGCCAACUAGCAAUAAUGAAACGAUAGUUCAGCAGAGUAUUCCGUACGCCAUGGAACAAACAGACAGCACACAACAGCUUUUACAGCCGGGACAACAGAUCGGGCUGCAGCAGAGCAUUAUUCAAAUGCAAACUCUGCAACAGGUAACGGGACACAUGCAACAAACCACGACUAUUGGACAGUCAAACCAGCAUACCAUAAUCGUCCAAGGAUCUACGAUAACGGCGCAGCAAACUUCCCAGAUACCUCAGACUGGCGUACAGCAUUUCGUACCGGUUAAUUCACAGGAGUUGCAACCUCAGUCUCUCCAUUCAAACGGAAUAGCUCAAACGCAGGCUCAGUAUCCAAAUCAAGCGAUGAUGCAACCUGCCGUAGUAAUGCAACCACCGCAGCAGCAAAUUCCUAUGCAGCAAGGUAUAAUGCAGAUGCAUAUGCAAGCGGAACAAGCUCAGCGUCCGGCGGUGCAACAAUUUAUUCCGCAACAGAUACAGCCUCCGACGCAGCAGUACGUCAUGCUAUCGGGCCCCAUGCAACCGGUACAACCGACGACUGUGGAUGAUCGAAAUCGCAGAGUGUCGAGUUUAUCCGCUAUGUCCAAUGUAUCUUUGGACUCUCAAAUUUUGGAAUCGCCCGGUAUGACCGAGGAAAAAAGGCAAACCGUGAACGUAACUAGUAUACCUGUAACGCAUAUGCAACACAUACAAGUCGUUCCGCAAGACAUCCCGGCUACAGUGUCAUUGCCACAAAACGUCGUAGAAGCUACUCAACCUCUUCAUCAAAACGUGCAACAUAUUCCGGGAACCUUACCUUCAUCUAUGCCGGUAACUGCUUCGAUACAUCCAGUCGCUACCGCAGACAUUUCCACACCCAAAGUCGCCGUUAAGACGAAAGAGGUAUCUUCGACGCUUCCAGAUCUCGCGCAAAAUUUAGCAAACAUACUUUCGAAUCCAAAAUCCAAAUCUGCCACGCCUCAUCCUUUGGCCAGUCAUGAACCAGCUGCUGUUUCUAAUGUCGUUGCUCCUGCAUCAGUUGACUACAAACCUGUGCAGUCUGAACAGUAUUUUCAGCCUAUACAACCAGAGGCGAGUCAGUUGCAAAUUCAACCGCCUAUUCAACAUAAUUAUCAAGGGCAGAUCAUUCAUCAGGGAUAUCAAGGACAGCAGAAUUUUCAACAAGCGUUUCAAAAUCAGCCGGUGCUUCAGCAAAACCAAGUGCAGCCGAUACCGCAAUCGAUUCCGUUAACGAUCCCUCAAAUUGACGCGCAGUCACAGAUAGUGCAGUCCGUUCUUCAAAGUGUAUCAAAUCAAUCAACCACUCAAGGACAGUGGAUUGUAGCUAAUCAAACUCCCUUACAGCAGCCGAUACGACAUAUACAGCCAAAUCAGCUGCAAUCACUCCCAAAUCAAUUGCCGUUACAACAAGUUCUUUUGCAGCCACAGAUGCAUCAGCAAAUUGUGCAAGAUCAACAACAUAGCGAAUCUUCUGUCAUCAAUCAGUUUGAUCAAUCACAUUUACAUUUAAAACUGCCGGAACAGCAUCCAGCAAAACCUUUGGAAAUUGAGAAUUCGGAAUCUUCGAGUUUAAACUGUAUACGUCGUACUAGUUCCGAUUGUCAAUUACCUACAUCUGAAAAUGAGAAUUCCAGUCAUGAUGUGACGCCUGAGCACACUCUUGUUGAAUCCAUCGAUUCUACGUCGAUUCUGCAACAACAGUUGUCGCAACCGCAGCAGCAGCAACAGCAACAACAACAACAACAGCAGCAACAGCAACACCGCAAACUCAGUCAACAAAAUUCAUUGGACAAAAUGUCGGAUAUAAACGGCGUCGGAAACGUUGGUGCAGGACCACAAACUAUAGCUGAUCUGCAUCAGAAACUUGUACAAGUGACUAGUCAGCCGUCGGAAUCACUGAAUGUUGGUACACCACCUAUAAGUUAUCCAGCUACGCCUCAUAAUAAUCAGAUGGUUGGAGGAUACGACGCGUACAUGCAUUCUUUGCAGCAGAAAUUGUUUAAUAUCGGCGUGCCGGUUUCAUCGGCGAAUGCCGCAUGCCCAUUAUCUCCUCAGACAACAAUACAUUCCUCCACUAUUCUGACCGAUACGCAGGCUGAUGUGUCUAUCGAGGGUUCCACUGUAACGCAAGACAAUUCUGGUGCAUUUGCACUUUCACAAACUAAUGUGGAAUAUUCUCUUGACAGUCCGACACCAGGAACUCACACAGGGUCUGAAAAUAUGAGCCCAAGUAAAGAAAAUGUAAAAAUACGAGCUCAAAGACCAGGAUCCCGUUUACAGGAACUGGAGCAGGAAUUGGCGAAGAUUCAUCAUAGAGGAUCCGUUUUCGUAGCAGCUCCGGUUCAGCCAUUAACACCACCUAUAUCUGCACAAACGCAACAAUCUGUGCAAAAUUUGUUGACAACUGCUCAGCCAGUGUCAAUGAUACCUGUGGCUACUGUUACUCCCAACAUUGUAACACCGCGGUCUGGAACCAAUACUCCAGUUCAGACAGAAGAUACGACUAAUGAGAAGGUAAAUCCUACUCAACCUAUCAGAAAGAUAUCAAGAUUCGUGGUUUCUAAAGUUGCGGGCCCGCCUGUUCAUAGCAAUGCUGUUAAUCAACAAGUUGCUGAUGCUGUAAGGUCUCAAUUACAAACGGAAGAAUUAAAAAUUUUAGAACGGCAAAAUAUUCUGUCUUAUCAUACAGAUGAUCUACAUGGUGUAUCUGCACAAAUACCUCAUAGUCGAGAGAAUUCUGUUCCGCCAAUUGUACAGGCAACUCAUGGUACUAAUAUUUCAAAUAUUGAACUUGAAAAAGAAGAGAGAUUUGUUACUCUUACACCGAGUGAAGAAUACCAAUUACUUAUAAAGAGACAAACUUUGGAACUAGAAACAUUACAAAGAAGACAUAGAGAAGAGUUGGAGCGUUUCCAACAACAUCAGCUGCAAUUGCUUAUUCAGCAACAAGCAAGCGCGCUUCAUCAUCAGCAUCAUCCGUUGCUUUAUCAUACGGUUGCAACAAAUAUUUCCGGAUCUAGAAUUUCAGGCACGGAGGACUAUCUGAUGUUUAGUACAGCGCCGCAAACUCCACUGCAGAAAGGGCCGAACAACUAUCCGGACACAGAUGAGACUUUACGACUGGCCAUGCAGAAAUUGAAGCAGACUCCACUGCAGCUUCAACCGCAGCAGGCAUCGGCUGGAAUACCGCAUGCUUAUGUUAUUCCAAUUCCAGUAGUGCCUUCUGAAAGUAUGCAAAGUGUAGUUUCUCAGCAGAGUAAUAACUGCUCGAAUGAUAUAUCCGAGAGUACUGAUACGACGCACAGUACGGUAGUUGGAAACCCGACGCAGUACCAAUUCGCUCCUAUAUUAUCAGAAGGAACGAAUAUCCCGUCGACAACCGGACCAUUAGCCGCGCCCGCGCCUUUAUCGAUAUCCGGCGCGACAAGCGCCUAUAUUCAGUAUCACGAGGGCCAGCCGCUAUCGAAUUUUCAGACUUUCAGCUGCACACCCCACGGCGGUUUCUUUUUGCCAGCUGGUUAUCGGCUGAUAUAUACACCGCCAACGACACAAUCUCAGCCGACGACGCCUGCCACGUCUCACGUGGCGAAUUCUUCGCGUGACGAUACGCCUCCGACGGCGGAGCUGCAUCAUUCGACCACCGUCGAAAACUCAACGGUUCCUCCUUCGCAUUCGGAUCAAUAACGCAACAUUCGGCUCAUACGCUUCUAUAUUUUUCGGUCGAUUUGCGUUCGUUUUUAGUUUAACGCUCGGUACUGUUUAUAGUGCAGUUUCGCAUCGUUAUCGUCUCGAAUGUAACCCGAAUAUAUAAUUUGCUGUGAAAUGCGCGCGCCAUUGCUAAGACAUUAUCAUAAAGGUGCGAAGACGAAUCGGAAAAAAAAGAAAACGUGAGUGGAACUAUAUGUAACGUUUUUCGGUGUAUGACGCGCUUGCGUAUAUUAAACGAAAUAUCAAAUAUUCUCGCUAUCUGAGCGUGUGCAUGAUAUUACUAUGAUAUGUGCCUCGCAGCGGAAGUAAAGCGGGAAUAAUGUGAAAAGAUAUUGCAAAGAAGCAGUAUAUAUAUACAUAUAUAUAUAAAUUUUCCGAAUGCAACGCAGGAACUCGAGAUAGAGGCCUUUACAUGUACUGUGCUUCGAUGCGUUACAAAAAAGAAGAAAAAAAAAGAAAAAUCUUCCUUCGCUGAGACCUCUAAGGGAUUCUAUUAUUGCCCGACUCCUUUAGUAGCACAGCUCACAUUAGUACAGGCCUCCGCUAGUCUUACGAUUGAAAUGGCAUAUGGCCGUUCUGCUCGGUAUAUGUGUAUAACUGUUACUGUAUGCUGAAUGUGUCGGAAACAAAGACCGAGUGAGUGAUAGGGGCAAGGGGCAAAAAGGAAUAGAGAGAGAUAGAGAGAAUGAGAAGAAAGAGAGAAAGGGAGUGCAUGUAGCUUAUGCGAGUAUGUAUGCGCAAACAUGUAUGUAUGCAUAUAAUUGUGCGGGUAUGUAUGUGUUGGAGGUAAAAAAAUAGGCAGAGAGAAAUAUGAUUAAUAUAGUCACUGUUAUGCUUUAAUGUAUUUCUAGCGAUUUUGCCUAUUUCAAUUAAAGAAAAAAAGUCAUGUGUUACUAGUUAGCAAACCCAUAUAUCUCGUUUACUAUAUUGAUGAUUAUUAUCUUCUUUUAAAGCUGGUAGUAGCCAUUUUAUCUACCGUUGUUUAUUUUGAUAUAUAUAUGAUGUAACAGAGAUAAAUUGUCCGAUGCCAUCUGUAGAUCAUUGACAAGUGCGUGUUGACAGUUCGAUUAUUACCUUUUUAAUUAAUCUACGUGAUGUAUCACUGUCAACAUACUGGAGCAACGUAUUAAAAAAAUUCCUUUUUAGUUCUUGGUAAUCUGUGACAUGUCAUUUCAGAUAGCAAAACAUUCAAUUACAGUUUUAAUUAGAUUUAUAAUAAUGAUUGCUGAAUCAUUUAUACAUCUUAUAACAGAUCGUUAUUGUUUUUGGAUUUUUUGCUUGCAUUAAUAUUGCUUAAAAUCGAAAAUUGUUAAUCGCGAUUAUCGUACGAUUGGCUGUCAGUAUUGUUGUUGCAACUGUCAUUAAGAGGGAAGUGUGUUAAAUUAUUCAUUUUAACAAACGACUUUCGCGGCUACCGUGAAUUUUAUGAUGUUUAUGCCGAGAUUAAAUCUCCUUUUAAGUGUAAGACUUUUUUUUGGUGCUUUUAUGUUACGAUAUUACAUUAAAACCUGUUGAAAUGUUUUCAUAACAAUUGCAAUAGUUUAUUAUAUGUAUAUAUUAUAUACAAUUUAGGACAUUUAAAGCGUUACAAAUUGUUAUCUUUGAAACUACGUUUCAAAUAGUUAUGUUUUUUCUUUGUAUUAAUUGAUUCAGUGUGUACGUAAAAGUAUCAAGGCACAAUUAUCAAAAAAUUAGUUUACGAGAUAUUUUAUGCUUUAUGUCAAAAUAUGUCAGAAUAAUUUUUUCGAUAACUACCGUAAUACUUUUAUAUGCAAAAUAAUUAAAAGAAUCAUUAUGUAAAAGAAUUAUAUUAAUUCUAUAAAAAAAUAGCGAUGACCUUAAAAAUUAAAAAUCGAUUUUGUUCGAAAGGCUAAUUGGUAAAUGGAUCGAGUUUGAUUCCCGAAGUGGCAAAUAAAAACGGUAUGUUUUUACGUAGUUUUGAAGCUGCUGAAUCUAAUUUUGAUUUUUAUAAAUUUUAAUUUAUUAUAUCUGACAAAUAUUGAAAGCACAUAAAGCUAUUAAACAUCUAGUAAAUUAUUGUUUAACUUUACGAAUAUAUUAAUUAAUAUUUUCUUAUUAAUAAAACGUGAUAAUCGUUCUUUAAGACUUCAUGUUCUGCUUGAUAAAAAAAAGUAAAACUUUAUUAAAAAAUUUACUAAAAAAGCAUUGUUUGAUAGGAACUGUUUUAAAUAUCGAUUACGGUACUUUUGAUAGUACUGUUUGUUACAGCUUUUAAUAAUUUUCUCCCAGUAUUUUACAUUUUAUUGCAGUAUUUUACUAUUGGAAAUUUGUAAGAUUUGCGCAAAAAAUGUUUUUAAUCAUCAAGAUCUACUCUGACUAAAUAACUCUUCACUUAUUAAUUUGUGUUCACAAAUUGCUUAACUUUCACUUAAUAUUGCUCAUUUUACUAUAGUUUUACACUAAUAACAUUCUUAUAACUUAUACUUCAACAUAUGCUGAUAAUACCCAAUAAAUUAAAAAUUUUUUAAAGCCAGAAACAAAUACAGGAACUCUAAAACUACAAAAUAUCAUUUUUAUUAAAAUUAAAUGAGGAAAGGUUUUGAAAAUGUAAAUCAAAAUAUAAAUCAAUGCCAUGAAAGCCAACACUAGAUAUUCAUGUGUAAAAUUAAUACAUGUAUUGACAAGUAGUUAUAAGUAUAAUAAAUGUUUCGAUCCUCAAUUUUUGAUCAUCUUCAGUAUAAGUAUAAUAUUACGAAAUGUCUAUUGUACUAAUAACUGCUUAAUGUAUGUAUUAAUUUUAUACACGAACAUCUAGUAUUGAUUCUAACGGCAUUGAUUUAUGUUUUGAUAUUAUUUUUACUUACCAUUCCAGGGAGUUUAUUUUAUCCAUCAUCCUUUGGUGAAGUUAUUAUUUGUGAUUCCUCUUGAAAUCAUAAAACAACUUUUGUCGUGAACAUUUUUUGCUACAAUAUGAUAGUUUCAGGAAUAAUUUGUAACGUUUUAAAUGUCCCAUACUGUAUAUAUAUAACAUGGACUUGACAUUAGAUUAUUUCUUUAUACGAAAUGUGUAAGUGUCCAUCCAAUCGUUAUCAUUAAAUACAGUGUAUAAAUUUAGUAAACAUUCGUUUUAACCGAGUCUUUAAAUUACAGCAAAAUUUCUUUGGUAAUUUAUUCAUUUGAAUGGCUACCUUCUCUCUUUUUGAAUAUCUAUGUUGCAUUAUGUCUAGCAAAUCUUAGUUAUGUAAUUCGAUAUGAAAAAUGUCUUUAUUACGUCAAAUUUCGUUGACAUUUAAGAAAUGGAUAGCAAGUAAUUAACAAAUGAAUACUUUAUUUGUGAAAAAUAGCCUUCGACAAAAUUCGCAAGUCAUCUUUAUUCGCGAAAAUAUCAAAUUGUCAAGCUAGGAUCUCUCAUUUUCUCCCUUACAUUCUUCUUAUCUGAACACUUUUUUUUUAAAGUAGGACAUCUAGUUCAUCGGGUUUUCCUUCGGCAGCCGAUGUGAUUCAUUCCUAAGCCCAGGGCUUGAUUUUCCUACGAAGAUCGAUCAUCUACCGGGUCUCCUUCCGGCAACGUGGUUCCUUUCUACAUUGCAUUGAUAAUUAUUCUAUUUACUGGGAAUAAUACACAUUUUAUUAUAUAUGUA